UUUCUCCCUGGCCCACCCCACCUGAGAGGGAAGUGGGAGCCGGCCGAGGGCCUCCAGGGUGCAGGGCAUCACCAGAGGCAGCUUGGAGCCUGGGGCCCUCCAUCUCCCCACCUUCCCCCAAAACCUUGGGCAUCUGAUUUAAACAAAUGUCAGAACCAGCCUCAGAGGGAGUCAGCGAAGGUGGAAAGCGAGGUAUCAGCAACUCCAGAAUGUGGCAGAUCGCAAGCCUCUUACUGUUUACGACCAUCUGGGGAAUUUCCGGCAUUCCAGCUCCUCCGGCAGACUCAGUGUUCGCCAGCAGUGAGCGUGCCCACCAGGUGCUGCGCAUCCGCAAGCGCGCCAACUCGUUCUUGGAGGAGCUACGGGACGGCAACCUGGAGCGGGAGUGCCGGGAAGAAGUCUGUGACUUCGAGGAGGCCCAGGAGAUUUUCCAAAAUCUGGACGACACACUGGCCUUCUGGUCCAAGCACUACGACGGGGACCAGUGCGAGGCGCCGCCCCCGGAGCACCCGUGCGACAGUCCGUGCUGCGGGCAGGGCACCUGCAUCGACGGCAUCGGCGGCUUCCGCUGCGAGUGCAGCCGGGGCUGGGAGGGCCGCUUCUGCGUGCACGAGGCGCGCUUCUCCAACUGCUCGGUGGACAACGGCGGCUGCGCGCACUACUGCCUGGAGGAGGCGGACAGGCGCAGCUGCGGCUGCGCGCCCGGCUACCGGCUCGGGGACGACCACCUGCAGUGCGAGCCUGAAGUGAUGUUCCCUUGUGGGAGGCCGGGCAAGCGAACUGAGAAGAGGCGCAAGAACCUGAAACGUGACACAGAACAAGCAGACCAAAUAGAUCCGAGGCUCGUCAAUGGGCAGUUGACCGGAUGGGGAGACAGCCCCUGGCAGGUGAUCCUGCUGGACUCCAAGAGGAAGCUGGCCUGUGGGGCGGUGCUCAUCCACACCUCCUGGGUGCUGACAGCGGCCCACUGCAUGGAGGACUCCAAGAAGCUCAUCGUCAGGCUCGGGGAGUAUGACCUGCGGCGCCGGGAGAAUGGGGAGGUGGACCUGGACAUCCAGGAGGUCAUCAUGCACCCCAACUACAGCAAGAGCAGCAGCGACAACGACAUCGCACUGCUCCGCCUGGCCCGGCCUGCCACCUUCUCGCAGACCAUUGUGCCCAUCUGCCUCCCGGACAGCGGCCUUUCAGAGCGCGAGCUCACCCAAGCUGGGCAGGAGACAGUGGUGACGGGCUGGGGCUACCGCAGUGAGACCAAGAGAAACCGCACCUUCGUCCUCAACUUCAUCAAGGUCCCUGUGGUGCCGCAUAGCGAGUGCGUGCGGACCAUGCACAACUUAGUCUCUGAGAACAUGCUGUGCGCCGGCAUCCUCGGGGACACGAGGGACGCCUGUGAGGGUGACAGUGGGGGGCCUAUGGUCGCCUCCUUCCGUGGCACGUGGUUCCUGGUGGGCCUGGUGAGCUGGGGUGAAGGCUGUGGGCGCCUCCACAACUACGGCGUUUACACUAAAGUCAGCCGCUACCUCGACUGGAUCCAUGGCCACAUCAGGGCUGCCGAGGCCUCCCUCAAGAGCCAGGUGCCUUAGCUUCCCUCCCUCCUGUGUCUGGACCCCAGAGGCCACUCUUGAAGGGCAGCUGGGUUGUUGAAUGGCAGUGUAUGGGACAUUAAAUGGGGCAUGCAACAAGCA